CAUACACUAGCGAACCAAAACAAACCAGGGCCAACAAACAAAGAAGCCAAGAAAAAGGGAUGGUAGACAGUCAAAACCCAUCAAUGUUGGACAGAUUUUCUCCUCAUGUUUUGGAUAUAGAAGAGGCAGAUCGACUUGCAGGUGAAUACAAAAAUAGUGGACCAUACAAUCAUGCAGUGAUUCAGCCAGUGAUCAAUGAUACAUUAUUAAGAAAUGUUCGUAAAGAACUUAUGAACAAUAUUCAUUUUACAGAAAAGGUUACGGAUAUCUAUCGUGUAUGGCAAACAGGAGAUCUUGCAAAUUUGGACGGCCUAGACGAAAAUGAGAAAAACAUGCUCAAAUAUUUACAUCAGCUUCGUGAUGCUCUUUAUUCAGAGGAAUUCCGCACGCACGUGCAGAGAAUUACUGGAUGCCCUCCAUUGUCUGCCAGCAAAAAAGACUUGUCUGUAAACGUUUAUGCCAAGGGCGGUCACCUCAUGAACCAUGAUGAUGUGAUUGGAACUCGCUGCGUUUCCUACAUUCUUUAUUUGGUUGAGCCAGACGAGGGCUGGAAGCCAGAGUAUGGUGGUUCUCUUCGCUUAUAUCCCACUCUGCAACCCUCAUUCCCAGCCGCUGAUUUUUGCAAAGUCAUCCCUCCUCAAUGGAAUCAACUCUCUUUCUUUCGUGUGAAACCAGGACACUCGUUCCACGACGUGGAGGAAGUCUAUGUUGAUAAACCACGUAUGGCUAUUUCUGGUUGGUUCCAUUAUCCCCAACCCGGUGAAUUCGGCUAUAACCCUCAAAAUGUCGAUUCCGCCAUUUCUACUUUACAAUCUCUGACCAUGAAAAUGGAUUUGGAAUUGCCAAAACUUUCUAAUUUUCCAGUAGCGAAACCCGAACUACUGUCACAGGAAGAUACUAAGGUUCUUUCAAAGUACAUUAAUCCGUUGUAUAUUACAGCUGAAGGUAUUGACAUGCUUUCAAAGCGCUUUUUCAAAGACUCGGCCAUUGUUCUUGUUGAAUUUUUGAAUCCCGACUUUUCUAAACAAUUGUUACAGCAGGUCGUCGGUGCCGAAAAGCAGCCUACUCCUAAACAUGCUUCUGAAGUAUCGUUUCCUUGGAAGACUUCUAUCCCUCCUCAUAAACAUCGUUAUCUUUAUUUAGACCACGAAGAGCAAGGUCCUGAUGUUUUACUCCCUAUGGAAUUGCAACGCCUUCCUGCCUUCCAACGCUGGAUUCAGUUAGUAAGUGGCCUUCCCUUGGAAUCUUUUUAUCAAAUUGGUCGUCGUUUCCGUCCCGGUUCCGAUUUUACCUUAGCUUCAACCAACGAAACCGCAACUCUUGAAGCUACUUUAUGCUUAUCUCCUGGUACCGAGAUUGCUAAUACAGAAAAUGGUGCGUACAGCGUUUAUAUGAUUGGCGACGAGGACCCUGAUGCCGAUGCCGCUGUUUAUAAAGGUGAUCAACAGGACGAUGGUAUCUUACUCUCAUUACCUGCUGCUUGGAAUGUUUUUUCCCUGGUUUACAGAGACGAAGGUGUACUUGAAUUUGUUAAAUAUGUGUCCGAAGCUGCCGGAUCAAGCCGUUGGGACAUAUUCUCUCAAUGGAACCCUAUCCCUGAGUAAAGCGGUAAUAACAUAAAAUAUGAUCUAUAGAAAAUUUUUUUUUUGGUUUCUUUGCUGUGUUUUUCAUAGUAAUAAGCUUCGUGAAGCUAUUAUUGUCUGCAGGCUUCUAAGAAUAGUAGUUAAUUAUCUGUUCGCAUUAAUUUGAAUUUAGUAUUUGAUAUAUUUAAAAAAAUCAAAUUUUGUUGAUUCUCGCUUUUAGAAGAUUGGUUUUAUCUAGGGUUUAGAGACUUUUAAAUAAAAAACUUUACUUUCCAUUCAUU